CAUUUUUUGUGUCAUUUGUCUUAAACAUCGUUCUUGGAAUUCCACAGGAUUUUGGUUCACUCUCCUUGGCUUUUCACGCUUUCCUCUACCUCGUUAAUCACAAAUUUCAUAUCUUCAUCGUCAAUUCAACUCAGUACUGACAUCAUCAUGGCUUAUCGUCCAACACAUCAAAAUGUCAAAGAAAAGCRAAAGAUUAGCGGUAAAUGGGAUGAUUCUUUAGUCAGUGAGAUUUGCUCGUGGAUCACGAAACACACCGGAGAAUCCUUCAAACAUGGCAAUCAGGACGAGUUCGCUGCGUCCCUCAAAGAUGGUGUAAUACUCUGCAAUCUCGCGAAUGCAAUCCAGCCUGGAGCGAUUCGUAAACCUAAUAAACCAGGGAAAAUGGCAUUUAAGAUGAUGGAAAAUAUAGGCUGGUUUGUGGAUUUUAUAACAGCUUAUGGCGUACAACAUGAAUACAUCUUCGUCACAGUAGAUUUGUACGAGAAACAAAAUGUCUGGCAGGUGGUUCUAGCAUUACGUGCACUCAAGGAUAAGGCUGCAGAAAAGGGCAUCAAUUAAAAGCAUGUUGGAUUAUACCUCUUACUUUGAAAAGAAAUAAUAGGAUACAAUACAAUAGAAUAAUCAUGACGUCGUUAUCACGUGAUUUUUGAGCAUUUAAUCUUUUUAAACCCGGUCAAAAUUUCGAACCUUCGUUCCUCGUGGUCAGCGGUCAAUGGUGCCGACCUCGCUAACGUAAACUCCUUUAAGACUUGUUGCUGAGGGACAAACUUUUUGAAACAACUUUCAGCACUAAAACUUUUCAAUAGACCUCUUCGGCUCUGACGUGAUGUUUUCCCAUUUCAGACCACAUGUCAUUCCCUAGAGUAUCAUUUCUUUGUUUAAAGUGUGCGCUCGGUUGCACACGAGAAGACACAUGAACAUGGAUACAGCUCAAACGAAGAAUCUUAUUCUCAAGGGAAUGACACGUGGUCUGAAAUGGGAAAAUAUUACCCCAAGCCGGAGAGGUCUAUUGUAAGUCAUACUUUUGCUGGCUCUUUCUUGGUUCUUUCUUUCAAGGCACCUGAUACAUACAUGAAGACAUUAAAACAAUAACCAACGAUAA